GAGGAGCCGCGGCGGCGGCUGCAUCACCUCGUCGCUGCCCGUCGCUGCCCGCGCGCCCCCUGGUCCCGAAGUCAGGCUUCGUCACCCGCUGGCUCAGGCCUUCCCUCGGGCCCCGAGCAGCCGGUCCCCGCCGCCUAGCACCCCCGGCCGCCGUCUCUGGGGCGGGGGGACCAUGUCCCAGCGGGUGAGGCGCAAUGGGUCUCCCACGCCCGCCGGCGCCCUCGCGGGUGGCGCGGUCGGCCCGCCCGGGGGCCCCGGGAGCCGCCUACAGCCCAUGAGGGCGACCGUGCCGUUCCAGCUGAAGCAGCAGCAGCAACAUGGCAGCCCCACGCGGGGCGGCGGCGGCGGCGGCAACAACGGAGGCAGCGGAGGCGCCUCAGGCCCCUCGGGUGGCGGCGGCGGCGGCGGCAGCGGCGGCCCGCGCACCGCUUCACGCAGCACCAGCCCCACGCGCGGCGGCGGCGGCAGCGCGGCGGCGCGCACCAGCCCCACGGUGGCCACGCAGACGGGAGCGUCCGUGACGUCCACGCGCGGUACCAGCCCCACGCGCGGCACGGCGCCUGGGGCCCGAAGCAGUCCUCCGCGACCGCAGCCGCCGCCGCCCCUGCUGGGCACCGUGUCGUCGCCCAGCUCGUCGCCCACCCACCUGUGGCCGAGCGAGGUGAGUGCGGCCCCACCCUCCGCCCGCGUCCGCCACCGGAGGAGGUCCCCAGAGCAGGGCCGGCCCUCGGCGGAGAAGAGAAGCCCCAGCGCCCCGGUGUGCAAAGCAGGUGACAAAACACAGCCACCUUCCUCAAGCUCCUCCAGCAUUAUCCGACGCACAUCCUCCCUGGAUACCCUUGCAGCUCCAUACCUUGCUGGACACUGGCCCCGAGACAGUCGUGGGCAAGCCGCACCCUGCAUGAGGGACAAGGCCACACAGACUGAGAGUGCAUGGGCUGAAGAAUAUGAAAAGAAGAAAGGGUCUCAUAAGCGCUCAUCAUCCUGGGGCAGUACAGAACAGCUUAAAGAGAUUGCAAAAUUACGCCAGCAACUGCAGAGAAGCAAGCACAGCAGCCGUCACCAUCGAGAUAAAGAAAGGCAGUCUCCAUUCCAUGGCAACCAUGCGGCGAUUAACCAGAGCCAGGCUCCUGCUCCAAAGAGCACGCUCAUUCCUGCUGGCCCCAUCACCAAGUCGUCUGGUUCUCGGUUCCGGAACAGUGUGGAAGGACUGAAUCAGGAGAUUGAGAUCAUAAUUAAAGAGACAGGGGAGAAGGAAGAGCAGCUGAUUCCACAAGAUAUUCCAGAUGGUCAUCGUGCACCUCCGCCCCUCGCACAGAGAAGCAGCAGCACACGAAGCAUUGACACACAGACCCCUGGGGGUGCAGACAAGGGAAGCAACAACAGCAGCCGUUCCCAGUCUGUGUCCCCGACAUCCUUCCUCACCAUCUCUAAUGAAGGCAGUGAGGAGAGUCCCUGUUCAGCUGAUGACCUGCUUGCUGAUCCCAGAGAUAAAGAGAAUGGAAACAAUUCUCCUUUGCCAAAAUAUGCAACCUCACCAAAACCUAAUAACAGUUACAUGUUUAAAAGGGAACCUCCAGAGGGCUGUGAAAGGGUCAAAGUCUUUGAGGAAUGCUCGCCAAAACAACUUCAUGAGAUUCCAGCCUUUUACUGUCCUGACAAAAACAAGGUGAAUUUCAUUCCUAAAAGUGGCUCUGCUUUCUGCCUCGUGAGUAUCCUCAAACCACUUCUUCCUACACCAGAUCUUACCCUCAAGGGCUCUGGUCACAGCCUGACCGUCACCACUGGCAUGACCACCACUUUGCUCCAGCCCAUCUCUAUGGCCUCCCUGUCUACAAACACGGAGCAAGACCGAGUGUCUCGAGGAACCAGUACAGUCCUGGCAUCCGCCUCCCUCCAUGCACCGCCAGAACCCAUUGAGGAGGCUGAAGGGUAGGACUCAGCUCAAGCUGUGGGUGCUGGGAGUUAAGAACCCUGCAGAUCAUGUGACUGUGAUGGUCUCGUGUCCUCCCGGUUGGCUGUGAAGUGCUUUGGCUUUCCAGUGAGGUGUGACAGCAAGGCUCCUGGAAGAACUCUGUGGUCCUCUGAGUGUUCUGCCCUGCGCAUGAAGGCCACCGACGUGCUUCAUUUACUUGGCCUUGAAGCACUAGCUGAAACCUGAAAGGUCUCUUCUUUACUUUUGGAGGAACAGAAUCACAUUUUCAUUUGUUUCAAAUUAGACUUGUUUAAAAACAAAAUACAAAACCGAAUCCCUGCAAACAUGAUUUCUGGAGGGAGAUGUGAUUGAUGCUGCAAGAAAAUCAUCUUUUAUAUGAAAACGACUAUUUUAUAAUACCAAUGUUACAUUUUCUGAAAGUAACAAACAGGAUGUUCCAAUGAUCCUUUGGUGGCCUCUGUUUCUUGUUUCCUUUUUCUAGAUAUUGCUUUUCUCGGCUGUUUUCAGCUUUGGGACCAAAGGGAUUGUUGACAUUUCCCCAGCAAUGUCAAUCUCAUGACUGUGUUCUUCUCCCAAGUAAGAAUCGAUAGGUAAUGCAUUGAACCAAGUAUAUAUAAAAAGAUAAAAAGCAAUAUUUGUACAUUAUGUGAUUUAUGUUUUUUUGAUGUCAACAGUUUGUGAUUUGAGUGAAGUAUUUGUAAAUUGCUGUUUUCUGCACUAUUCCUGUCCACACUUCAUCGUGCGGUCAGUCAGUCUGAAGACAGGUUGCUUUAACAGUCAGUGAGCCAAAAGAAACUCUCAAGUGUGGAUUGUUAGCUAGGAGUGUGGAGCUCUCUGGUCUUCUGUGAGCUGUGUGUCCCGUGAUUGCCCUCCCUCGCCGCUGUCAGUCUGACUUUGAUCAUCACUGUAUCAUAUAGCCCCAAGAGACCCUGAAAAGGCUGUGCAUGGAUUCCCCCCCUCUGCUUCCGUGGUGGUGUUGUCUUGUGGAUUUGGUCAGGGUUAGUAGUUUGCCAGGAGUGUGAUCCUUUGAGUAGCAAUUGGGAGCUGCAGAAUCUUGAGAACUGACUUUUUCUUCAUGUGUUGGCACUGUGAUUUGCUACUUACAGAUUUUGCUAGUUUCUUCUCCAACAUUCCAUACACUGGGGGAAAGAGAAGAGGUUUAGAGCUUAGACAACAGGUACCUUUGGAAAGUCUAUACAAUUUUGGAUUCGAGCUCAUCUGAUAACCAUUGCCAGUAUCACAUGAUAGUAUUUAAUUUCUAGGUGAUGAUAAAAUUAAGGAGCUGCUCUUUAGAAAUGAAUUCCAUCAGUGUUGGUAAACAUUGUUUUAAUACAUUCUAACUUAUGCUGCUGCGUACAACAGGUAGAUGGCAAACCCUGCAUGAGAGGGCCACAAUUUUGAAGGCGAAUUCCAUCCACUGGUCCAGUCAUUCCGUCAAGAGAAACCAAGAGGUGGCAGUACAUCUUCUUGGCAAGGUGUUUGUCAUCUUAGAAUGCCUAGACAGUUUCAAAUGGGCUCUGCUUAAUUGUAAGGAAGGAUAUUUAGGUUAAUUGGAUAAAUUCAAACAUCUAAGUAAAAUCCAUCAGUUUUUGGUUGGGAAGACUGAUACAUUUUGGUACUUUUUUACCCAAAGCUUAACUUCCUGGGAAUUAGUCAGUAAAAGCCUUGGUUUUUGGAGUGUAGGCUUUUUGGUUGGUGGUUGGGUUUUGUUUCUCAGUUCGGAGGUUUUUUUACCUUGAUUUUAAGCCUUCUCAGGCCUUUUGACUUUACCAUUUUACCAAUAUCAGAAGUACAGAAGAAAGGUAACUGGCAGUCUGUUGAGUUGAUCUGAAGGGAGGAGGAGACUUUUAGACGCAAGGGUUCUUGUUUUGUUUGUUUUUAAGAUGGCUUUUAUUAUGUGGCCCUGGCUGGCCUGGAACUUGCUAUGUAGACCAGGCUGGCCUGGCACUCAGAUGCCCCUCCCAAGUGCUGAGAUUAAGGGCAUGUGCCACCACUCCGUGCUUGUCUUCUUUUUAAUCCUGUAGGUUUCCCCCACUUGAAUGCUGUUAAUUGAUGUUCUUUUUUCCUUUAUCUUAUACCAUCUCCCCUCUCAAUUUACAAAUAGAGUUUACUCUGUAAUAGAUUUUUCCCUUUUCUGUUAUACUUGUUUGGCAGAUUGACAUCUCUCUGCCUUUACAUCUAUCCUUGAAGCAAUACAGAGAGGGACAUGUUUCAGGUCAGUAUCUGCUCCUAGAAGUAGAACUUUAGUUUGAGGUUUAGCUGGAAGAAGAUUGUGAAUUUACCAAUAAAUGAAUUAUAUGGUGACCAAACACUCCUGAGAUCUGAAGAAAAACAAAGAAGGUCUAUGUCCAAAAAAACUCUAAACUGCCAGGGCCAAAGGGCUAAUUUUUAAGCAUAUGAGCUUUAUUGCAGUCUUAACAUAUAUUAACCAUAGAUCCACCUAGCUAUUUUAUUUAACUCUUAAUUCCCAGGGGCUUGGUUUUAAAAAUGGGUCUACUCUUAGUAGAGUGGGCAUGAUUAUGUUGACAAGCCACACUCCAUAAUUAGGUUAUUCUGUAGAAACUGUACAGCGGUAGAGUAGUUUCAAUGCAAAUACAGUUUUUUCCCAGUGCUGGGGAUCAAACCCAGGGCCUCAUGCAUGCUGAGCAAGAGCUGUGUUGUUGGCUUAUUUCCCCAGUUACUUAUUUAAAUUUUUAAUUAAAAAAAUUUUGUUCCAUUGCAGUAAAAGUGGGUGGCAUGUAUUUUUUGGCUAAGGGCGCUGUUUCCUGGUUCCUGGCCCAGCCCAUCUUAGUUAUACUUGACCCUCAAGCAGUUUCCUCCCUGCAGUGAUAAACCUCAGGUUUAUUGCUUCUGACACGGUAAGUCUGUUACUUAUCACUGGUUUAUGGGCAGUUGUGUUUAAAAAAACUAGUAGUUUUGCUUUCUUUGGUUAAAUAUGGUAUGAAUGUCAUUUUUUUUUCCUAUACCAGAUCCUUCAUUUUUGUUUACAGUGUUUCUUACUUAGACCUAGGACCAUAACUAAAUCUGCCUCUCUGUAGAUGCUGUUGCUAAUUGGCAUGUAUCUGGCAACAGAGAAAGGCUGCUUUUAAUUUUUAUUUUUUAAUGUUUUGAUUAAAGAAACAGUUGGCUUUUCCUAGAAGAAGGUCUAAACACAAUGGCACAGUGGAGGGCUUUCUCUGUCUGGGAUUUGAACUGAGAUCCUAAGGUUUUCUUUCAAGGAAACCAAAGUAAAAUUGCCAUUACUAAAUUUGUAAAGUUGAGAUUCAUUCCUUAAUGUUGGGUGUGGGGUGUGUCAAAACUGGACCAAUGGAAAUGCUGAAUUUGCAAAACAAAGCCAAGAUACUUAACUCUGCACUUUAAGGUUUCUGGUUACUCUGCCUUCAUUAGUGUGACCCCUGCAGAGUGGCUCUGAACAGUAUUUUGUUUAUACAGUCCUGUUGGAGAUAUAUAAUUUAUGUUUUUUAAACAAUGCAUCUUUGUCUCUGUUGAUGUAAAUUUUUUAAUGCAAUUUUUAAAAGUUAUAACAAAAUUCUCCCCCCAAAACAGCAUUUCCAGUGAUGAUAAGUAUUGUUGUUGUGGACUGUGUCCCUGAACCUGAGCACUUACUGCUUUGUCACAGGGAAUAGAACUUCCUAUGUUCAAAUAAAGUCUGUUGUUCUUGA